AUGACAUAUCAACGCGCAAAACAGGAAGAUCCUAGGGUUAUAAUACCUUGGUUUCAGACUGUACAAGCAGCUAUUCAAGAACAUGGUAUCCAUGAGGACGAUAUCUGGAACUUUGAUGAGACUGGUUUUGCUAUGGGACUAUGCUCUACUUCUAAGGUGAUUACUGCAGUAGAGCGCAGUGAGCGACCACGCAAAGUCAUUCAGGGAAACCGUGAAUGGGUCACAAUCAUUGAAACUAUCAGCUCAAAAGGCGUGCAUAUACCACCAGUCAUUAUACUCAAAGCAGGCAAUCAACAAGCUGCCUGGUUUCAAGAACCUAAGCUUGGUAAAGACUGGUGGAUUGCAACUAGUCAGAAUGGCUGGACAACAGAUGAAAUAGGCCUUCGCUGGUUGAAAGAGGUGUUUGAACCAUCCUCCAGACGCUAUAUGACUGGUUCUAAGCGGUUGCUUAUUCUAGAUGGCCAUAGUAGCCAUCUAACUGCUGAAUUUGAUGAUUUCUGCAAGCAGAAUGCAAUUAUCUGUCUCUGUAUGCCUGCACAUGCCUCUCAUCUUCUACAGCCACUUGAUGUUGGUGUUUUUGGCCCGCUUAAACGCGCGUACGGAAAGCUGCUUGAGAGCCGAAUGAUUGCCGGCAACAAUCACAUAGAUAAAGAGGACUUUUUAUCUUUAUAUCCAGACGCCCGCGCUAAAGUAUUUACUUCAGCGAAUAUCUACGGUGGAUUUGCAGGGGCAGGUCUUAAGCCAUUCAAUCAAGAGCGUGUUCUUUCUAAGCUUACUUUUCAACCACGCACACCUACACCACAAUUAACUGAAGGCUCAAUUUCCUCUGCUUUCCAGACACCACAGAAUACUCGCCAGCUAGAUCGGAAAUUACGCAGUCUACGAACAGCCUUAAUUCAAAACGGAAGCUUUCUAGCAGUCCUAUUGCUCAUAUUCAGUAUCUUGAAAAGGCUGUGCAAAUGA